GGCAAAAGUUUACUCCAUUCUUCUAUAAUCAGGGUGAAAAUUUAACGCCAGCUUCCUCCUUUGUAGCUGCAGCGAGAAACUCACAAACGACUUUGUAACCCACCCUUGACCAGGGUUUUGUGAUCUCCUCAGCAUGUAUAACUAUGACAUAGCUGCAGGCUGGAAUUCAGAUUAUGAUUCCACCUGGGAAGAUGAGAAACCGGAGCCCCCUAAAAAGAAGAAGCAGAAACAACAGCAUCAGCGGAAUUUUGGGAACAGAGCAGCGAGGGACAUGCAAAACUACAGACAUGGAUAUGGAAAACCAAACCUGGAGACUGCUAAUGACCCGGAAUAUGAGGACUAUAUGCCUAAUCUGGAAUUCUACCGGAACAACAUUGAAUUUCAGCCUAACGGAAUAAAAAUAGAGGAAUUUCAUCAGGACUGGUGGGAAGAAUAUGAAGAGCUUGAAGAGAACCACUCCUUCAUCCAGUGGCUGUUUCCGCUGCAAGAGCGCGGUGUGAACCCAUACGCCAAACCACUGACCCUGGCAGAAAUUCAGAUGAUGAAGGCAGAUAAAGACGUCAUGAGGAGAUUCCUCGAAUCUUACAAGCUCAUUUUGGGGUUUUACGGCAUUCAACUGCUGGACGAGAAAACUGGAGAAGUGUCCCGGGCAAAGAACUGGGCGGAAAGAUUUUAUAAUUUAAACAACCGCAGCCACAACAACCUGCGGAUCACCCGGAUACUCAAGUGUUUGGGGGAGAUGGGCUACGAACACUUCCAGGCCCCUCUGGUCAGGUUUUUCCUGGAGGAGAUCUUGUGUAACAACAACUUACCCAAAGUGAAAAGUAGCGCACUGGACUACUUUAUGUUCACCGUGAAAGACAAGCAGGAACGUAGAAAGCUGGUGCAGUUCGCCUGGGAGAACUACAAAUCCCAGGGACCAUUUAUCUGGGGGCCAGUGGAGAGACUCCAAAAACUCACACCUAAGCAAGAGAAUGAUGAGGAAGAUAAGGGAAAUGAAGGAACUGCAAAGGAACCAGAGGAAGCUGAAAACUCAGACCAAGAAUAUGAAGAGGCAGCAGAGGGUGAAGAUGUAGCCUCCAAAGACAAUGGGGGACCAGUGGAGAGUCUCCAAAAUUUCACACCCAAGCAAGGGAGUGACGAGGAAGAGAAGGGAAAUGAAGUAACUGCAAAGGAACCAGAAGUUGAAAACCCAGAUCAAGAACCUGAUGAGGCAGCAGGGGGUGGAGAUGUGACCUCUAAAGAAAAUUCCUCAAACUCUACUGGACGGCCAAGUCCUCAGCAUAAUGAUCUACACCUGCAUCUCCAGUUCCAGCAAGGGACUGGGACUGGUGAGGGUUUGGGAGAGGUGGGGGAUGAUGGUGGACACGGUGUGGACCGCCCAGGGAACCAUGAAGAUGGAAAAGUAGUGAUAGAUUUCUGUCCAGGAGAAGCUUCAGAACAUGAGAAGCAGGGAAUGAGAUGCAGAUAACAGAGGACAUAAGUAAAGGGAGAAGGAAGCCAACAACAGAGGGCAAUGGUUUGGAAAAUAAGCAGACAACAGCGUACACUAGCACAGGAAAUGAGGAGCAGACCACAGAGAACACUGGCAUCAUCGACCAUAAACACACACUAGUAAACUAUAAUCUAGAAAACGGGAAGCUAAUAACAGAGGGCGCUAGAACAGGACAUGAGGGGCUGACAGAGGGCACUAGUACAGGACACCAGGGGAUGACAACAGAGGGCACUAGUACAGGACACCAGGGGCUGACAACAGAGGGCACUAGUAUAGGACACCAGGGGCUGACAACGGUGGGCACUAGUACAGGACACGAGAGGCUGACAACAGAGGGCACUAGUACAGGACACCAGGGCCUGACAACGGUGGGCACUAGUACAGGACAUCAGGGGCUGACAACAGAGGGCACUAGUACAGAACACGAGGGGCUGACAACAGAGGGCACUAGUACAGGACACCAGGGCCUGACAACGGUGGGCACUAGUACAGGACAUGAGGGGCUGACAACAGAGGGCACUAGUACAGGACAACAGGGGCUGACAACAGAGGGCACUAGUACAAGACAACAGGGGUUGACAACAGAGGGCACUAGUACAGGACAUGAGGGGCUGACAACAGAGGGCACUAGUACAGGACAUAAGGGGCUGACAACAGAGGGCACUAGUACAGAACAUAGGUGGCUGACAACAGAGGGCACUAGUACAGGACAACAGGGGCUGACAACAGAGGGCACUAGUACAGGACACCAGGGCCUGACAACGGUGGGCACUAGUACAGGACAUGAGGGGCUGACAACAGAGGGCACUAGUACAGGACAACAGGGGCUGACAACAGAGGGCACUAGUACAAGACAACAGGGGUUGACAACAGAGGGCACUAGUACAGGACAUGAGGGGCUGACAACAGAGGGCACUAGUACAGGACAUGAGGGGCUGACAACAGAGGGCACUAGUACAAGACAACAGGGGUUGACAACAGAGGGCACUAGUACAAGACAACAGGGGCUGACAACAGAGGGCACUAGUACAGGACAUGAGGGGCUGACAACAGAGGGCACUAGUACAGGACAUAAGGGGCUGACAACAGAGGGCACUAGUACAGAACAUAGGGGGCUGACAACAGAGGGCACUAGUACAGGACAUAAGGGGCUGACAACAGAGGGCACUAGUACAGAACAUAGGGGGCUGACAACAGAGGGCACUAGUACAGGACAUAAGGGACUGACAACAGAGGGCACUAGUACAGGACAUAAGGGGCUGACAACAGAGGGCACUGGCUUUGACAAUGUGAACAUUACACUAUGCGGCACUAAUCUAGAAGAAAAUACAUGUCUGACAGAGAUAAAAGAACCAGGGGAUGAAAUCCCCAAAAAUGAGGAGGAGCACGAAUUAUUGACAGGGUCAGGAGAUGAGGAGAAGGACACAGUCGAGAAUGUCCCUUGGUUGGAGCAAUCAUUGUCUCUAUGUAAUUUUUGCUGCUUUUUCUGUUUCUUUAUGCGUUGUAUGUAAUUCACACAAAAAAUCUCCAGCUGGCUGCUAUGAUUGAUCACGUUGGAGACAAGUUCUUACAAUCCUGCCCCUUACUGGCCUUUUAUAUGGUGAUGGUGUUUGUAUGACUGCUGGUGGGAGGCGACAACUGCCCUGUACACAGAGCAGCUCUUUAGCCCCCCCUAGUGGUUCACAUUUACAUGACUCAGAAGCACAAUAAACAAGAUAGGGGGUGCACUUCAGCACCAAAUCGUAUGAGUAAAACUAAUUUCACCCCACAUAAGACUGACGUCACGGUUGUGUCAUGGUCACUUUGUUGUUUGCCGUGACACAUUAGCCAUGCAUGCUGGUUGCCUGGGGCAACGUGUUGUUUUUUGCAGCAUGUGUGUGCUUUACUCCAUUCUCCUGGUUCCUUCUCUGUCUGGUGCGUGUGGGGUUAAGUUCCUGGCUGGGGGUGGUCACGGCAAACAACAACGUGACCAUGACACAGCCGUGACAACUGAACAUCCUAAUUAACUUUUGUAUAAGAUUUUUUGUAAAUUAUUUCAGAUUUGCCUUCUGUUUUGCCGACGUAGGUUGGUUUUACUAAUAAAGUUUUCACAUUUCUUUCA